AUGAAUCAGAACGCUACUGAGCCUGUGGCAACCGCUGAGACCCUGGCCGAGGUACCUGAGCAUGUGCUCCGAGGACUUCCCGAGGAAGUGAGGCUUUUCCCAUCUGCUGUGGACAAGACUCGGAUUGGUGUCUGGGCCACUAAACCAAUUUUAAAAGGCAAAAAGUUUGGACCAUUUGUCGGUGAUAAGAAAAAAAGAUCUCAGGUCAAGAAUAAUGUGUACAUGUGGGAGGUAUAUUAUCCAAAUCUGGGAUGGAUGUGCAUUGACGCCACCGAUCCAGAGAAGGGGAACUGGCUUCGAUAUGUGAAUUGGGCUUGUUCAGGAGAAGAGCAAAAUUUAUUUCCACUGGAAAUCAACAGGGCCAUUUACUAUAAGACUUUAAAGCCAAUCGCGCCGGGCGAGGAGCUCCUGGUUUGGUACAAUGGGGAAGACAACCCCGAGAUAGCAGCUGCGAUUGAGGAAGAGCGAGCCAGCGCCCGGAGCAAGCGGAGUUCCCCGAAAAGCAGGAAAGGGAAGAAAAAACCCCAGGAAAAUAAAAACAAAGGAAACAAAACUGAAGACCUACAGCUGAAGACAAGUGAGCCAGAUCACACCUCUGCCAAUAUGAGAGAUUCUGCAGAAGGUGCCAAAGAAGAGGACGAGAAGCCCUCAGCUCCGGCAGCUGAGCAGACAGCUGUUCAGGAGGUGGUUAGUCAGGAAGUGCUUCCAGAACCAGGAACCCCUCUCCCUGCCUGCGAGCUGCACACAGAGCCAGACAAGAAGCCAGAAGCAACAAACUGUGAGGUGAAUGACGUGGAGGAAGAGGAGGAGGAGGAAGAGGAGGAAGAGGAUGGGUUGGAAGAGGAGGGGGAAGAAGAAGCUGACAUGCCAAAUGAAAGCUCUGUGAAAGAGCCAGAAAUACGGUGCGAUGAGAAGCUAGAAGAUUUAUUAGAAGAACCAAAAACCAUUUCAAAAGAAACUCUCGAAGACUCUCCAGAGGCAACUCCUGUUAUCAAAAUUCCCAAAACGAAGGAAGAAGCCAAUGGUGAUGUAUUGGAAACAUUAAUGUUUCCAUGUCAGCAUUGUGAAAGGAAGUUCACAACCAAGCAGGGGCUGGAGCGGCACAUGCACAUCCACAUAUCUACAGUCAACCAUGCUUUCAAAUGCAAGUACUGUGGGAAAGCCUUCGGCACCCAGAUUAACAGGCGGAGGCAUGAGCGUCGCCACGAGGCAGGGUUCAAGCGAAAACCCACCCUAACACUACAGCCAUCAGAGGACCCCGCUGAUGGCAAAGAGUCCGGAGACUGUGUCACUCCAAAAGAUGACUCGAAUCCUCCCAAUCUUGGGCAAGACUGUCUGAUCCUGAGUUCAGAGAAAGCUUCCCCAGAAACAGUAAAUUCUUCUGUUGUAGAAGAGAAUGGAGAGGUUAAAGAGCUUCAUCCCUGCAAAUACUGUAAGAAGGUUUUUGGCACUCAUACUAACAUGAGACGGCACCAGCGCAGAGUUCACGAGCGUCACCUGAUUCCCAAAGGUGUGCGGAGAAAAGGAGGCCUCCUGGAAGAGCCCCAGCCGCCCGCAGAGCGGGCCCAGCCCCCCCAGAAUGUCUACGUCCCCAGCACAGAGCCCGAGGAGGAAGGGGAGGCAGAUGAUGUGUACAUCAUGGACAUUUCUAGCAAUAUCUCCGAGAACUUAAAUUACUAUAUUGAUGGUAAAAUUCAAACCAGCAGCAGCACCAGUAACUGUGAUGUGAUUGAGAUGGAGUCCAGCUCGGCAGACUUGUAUGGUAUAAACUGUCUGCUCACUCCCGUCACAGUGGAAAUCACUCAGAAUAUCAAGACCACACAGGUCCCCAGAACAGACGAUCUUCCUAAAGAGCCUUCCAGCAGCACCAACAGCGAAUCCAAGAGGCGGAGAACUGCCAGUCCUCCCGUGUUACCCAGAAUCAAAGCCGAAGCGGAGCCUCAGCCCAUCGCACCCUCGUGCUCCUUGAGCCUGCCCCUCAGCAUCACCACCGAGACGGUGACUCUCCACAAGGAGAAAGGCGUGUACUUGUCCUCAAAGCUCAAGCAGCUCCUUCAGACCCAGGACAAGCUAACUCCUCCUGCAGGGAUUUUGACAGCCGAGAUCACUAAGUUGGGUCCCGUCUGUGUGUCCGCUCCUGCGUCCAUGCUGCCGGUGACCUCCAGUCGCUUUAAGCGGCGGACCAGCUCCCCUCCCAGCUCUCCACAGCACAGUCCUGCCCUGCGAGACUUCGGAAAGCAAAGCGAUGGGAAAGCGGUGUGGACUGAUGCCGUUCUGGGUUCCAAAAAGCCCAAGUUAGAAAGUCACAGCAACUCCUCCCCGGUGUGGAGUUUGUCUGGGAGAGACGAGAGGGAGACCGUGAGCCCGCCAUGCUUUGAUGAAUUCAAGGCCUCCAAAGAGUGGGCCGCCAGCUCCACCUUUAGCCCCGUGUGCAACCAGCAGCCCCUGGAUUUAUCCAGCGGUGUCAAGCAGAAGGCCGAGGGGCCAGGCAAGCCUCCGGUCCAGUGGGAAGCGGUGUUAGAUCUCAGUGUGCACAAAAAGCCUUGUGGGGACUCGGAAGGCAAGGAAUUCAAAGACAGCAGUGUGGCGCAGCCAGCCUGCAGUGCCGGCAAGAAGAAGAAGCCGACCACCUGCAUGCUGCAGAAGGUCCUCCUCAAUGAGUACAACGGCAUCGGCGUGCCCACCGAGAACACGGUGGACGUGGCCAGGAGCCCGAGUCCUUGUAAAUCCCUGGAUCCCCAAGCCGAUCCUGACCUCGGGCCUGACACGAGUUUAUCUGCCCCUACUGUGGAGUGCCCACCUGAUGUUUCUCCUCCACCUCCUGCCUGCCAGACACCCUCUCUUUCCUCCGGGCAGCUGCCUCCUCUCUUGAUGCCAACACAUCCCUCAUCCCCUCCGCCCUGUCCUCCUGUGUUAACCGUUGCCACACCACCUCCUCCACUCCUGCCCACCAUACCUCUUGCGGCCCCCUCUUCCAGGGCGUCUCCUCUCCCGUGUCCCUCCCCACUCUCCAAUGCCACUGCGCAGUCCCCACUGCCGAUCCUCUCUCCUACGGUGUCUCCCUCGCCUUCUCCCGUUCCUUCUGUAGAGCCUCUCACGUCUGCCGCCUCUCCGGGGCCUCCGACACUCUCAUCAUCAUCUGCAUCUUCAUCCUCAUUCUCUUCUUCUUCCUCCUCGUCCCCCUCUCCGCCGCCUCUGUCAGCAGUGUCAUCCGUUGUUUCUUCCGGGGACAACCUGGAAGCCUCUCUCCCCAUGAUCUCUUUCAAGCAGGAAGAAUUAGAGAGUGAAGAUCUGAAACCCAGGGCAGAACCCCCGUCUGCAGCUGAACAGGAUAUUGUGCAGGAAACAUUCAACAAAAACUUCGUCUGCAAUGUCUGUGAAUCGCCUUUCCUUUCCAUUAAAGACCUAACCAAACAUCUGUCUGUUCAUGCUGAAGAAUGGCCCUUCAAAUGUGAAUUCUGCGUGCAGCUCUUUAAGGCGAAAACCGAUUUGUCGGAACACCGCUUUUUGCUUCACGGAGUCGGCAAUAUCUUUGUGUGUUCGGUUUGUAAAAAAGAAUUUGCUUUUUUGUGCAAUUUGCAGCAGCACCAGCGAGAUCUCCACCCGGACAAGGUGUGCACACACCACGAGUUUGAGAGCGGCACCCUGAGGCCACAGAACUUCACAGACCCCAGCAAGGCGCACGCAGAGCACAUGCAGAGUUUGCCGGAAGAUCCUUCAGAAACGUCGAAAGAGGAAGAGGAGUUGAAUGAUUCUUCCGAAGAGCUUUACACGACCAUCAAAAUAAUGGCUUCUGGAAUAAAGACGAAAGAUCCAGAUGUUCGACUGGGUCUCAAUCAGCAUUACCCAAGCUUUAAACCGCCUCCGUUUCAGUACCACCACCGGAACCCCAUGGGCAUCGGGGUCACGGCCACCAACUUCACUACACACAACAUUCCGCAGACGUUCAGCACUGCCAUUCGCUGCACAAAGUGCGGCAAAGGUGUGGACAACAUGCCCGAGUUACACAAGCAUAUCCUGGCCUGCGCUUCCGCCAGCGACAAGAAGAGGUACACCCCCAGAAAGAACCCAGUCCCGCUGAAGCAAACGGUGCAACCCAAGAACGGGGUGGUGGUUUUGGAGAACUCUGGGAAAAACGCCUUCCGACGAAUGGGACAGCCCAAAAGACUGAACUUUAGUGUCGAACUCAGCAAAAUGUCACCAAAUAAGCUCAAAUUAAAUGCUUUGAAGAAAAAAAACCAGCUUGUUCAGAAAGCCAUCCUGCAAAAAAACAAAUCCGCCAAGCAGAAGGCGGACUUAAAAAAUGCUUCAGAGUCCCACAUCUGCCCGUAUUGCCAUCGGGAGUUCACGUACAUCGGAAGCCUGAAUAAGCAUGCUGCUUUCAGCUGUCCCAAAAAACCGCUUUCUCCUCCCAAAAAAAAAGCUUCCCAUUCGUCCAAGAAAGGUGGGCACGUGUCACCUGCCAGUAGCGACAGAAGUAGUAGCAGCAACCACCGCAGACGGACCGCAGAUGCUGAAAUUAAAAUGCAAAACACGCAGGCUCCUUUGGGCAAGACUAGAGCUCGCAGCUCAGGCCCCACGCAGGUGCCACUGCCUUCCUCGUCCUUCAGGUCCAAGCAGAAUGUCAAGUUUGCAGCUUCGGGGAAAUCCAAAAAACCACCCUCUUCUUUAAGGAACUCGAGUCCGAUCAGAAUGGCCAAAAUAACUCAUGUGGAGGGGAAAAAGCCCAAAGCUGUGGCCAAGAACCAUACUGCUCAGCUCUCGAGCAAGACGGCCCGGAGCCUGCACGUGAGGGUGCAGAAAAGCAAGGCUGUCUUGCAAAGCAAAUCCUCUCUGGCCGGUAAGAAAAGAACAGACCGGUUCAAUGUAAAAUCUAGAGAACGGAGUGGCGGGCCCAUCACCCGAAGCCUCCAGCUGGCAGCUGCUGCCGACCUGGGCGAAGGCAGGAGGGAGGACAGCAGCGGCAAGCAGGAGCUGAAGGACUUCAGCUACAGCCUCCGCCUGGCGACCCGAGGCCCCACGCCUGCCGCCCCGUACAUCACCAGGCAGUGCCGGAGUGUCAAGGCCACGGCCACAGCUCAGCUCCAAGGACCCCUCUUCAAAGAGUAG